AGUGGCAACACGGUGACAUGUACCGUCUGCUUCUUCUGUUUACAUUUUGCAUUAACAAUGGAUAAAAGUACUGUCAGUACUGCUUCUGAUGUCCCGGCAGACAGUAGCAUUCUUUACGAACUACUCGUGUACUCAGAAUGGAAGCAAGAUCCAGAAUUGCCAAAACGUCUCUCUGAAAAUCAAGAAGGACUUAGUUCUUUAUUAAAAAACGCUUUCGCUCUUCGGAGCUGUGAAUUCCGACAUGAACAAGUGGAAAGGCUUCUUAGCUGGCAGCAGCCAUGGCGUUUAUGUGUUGGUGAUGGAGGCAAAGUUGUUGCUUUACUUCAAGAUUCAUCUUUAGAAAUAAGAUCAUCACGGGAUGAAUAUUCAUCAGUCAUAGCCAAAGCAACCUUACCUAAAGAUUUAUUCCCGCAAUGGAGAAGGUGGUGUUGGUCUCCGGACUGCACUAUGUUAGCAGUGGGCUUGAGUAAUGGAGCUGUUCGUGUCUAUGACUUGAUGGGCAGCAAUCUUUUUUCCAUUGUGCCGUCAAUGGUUCAACAAGAACAGACCUUUACAAGUACCAGACAUUCUCUAGCAUCAUGUUUCUUCCUUCAAGCUCGGUCAUCGACGCACAAAUGGUCAAGUGAGCUAGUUACUGUGGACUACAGUGGUCAGUUGCACAGCUAUCUUGUGUCUCCAACCGAGGGCUUCCAAGAAAAUCAUUCAUUUUCUUUUGGUGUAUUCUUUCGGUCCGGUGUAACUGCCGUGGCAUAUCAUCCUGCACAUUCUUUACUGUUUGUUGCGGGACCUGUCAUGUCAAGAGGAAAUAUGACAUUAGAAGAGUCUGGAGAUCGUGUAGGCCUCACAACAUGGAGAAUUUUAAACGACCACCCUUUUUAUCAGCUUGUAAAUCAGGACAAAAAAUAUGAGAGUACUUCUUUGUCCAGUGGCUUAUGGAGAAUACCAUACUUUGGCUCAAAGCACCAGCAGAGUGUGAUAAUUCGUCUAGAAAUUUCCCCUUCUGCUAGACGAAUUGCUGCAUUACAUUCUUGUGGUGGAAUUUCUGUAUGGUCAUUGCCGGGUGUAAGGCUUCUAGGAUAUUGGCCUCUUGUCGAGCAGCCAGACUGGAAUGCCCAGAAUCCCCUCAAUGUAGAGGCAGAGUCGCCCAAUGGGAAGCGAUCCGCUGGCUUACAGGCCCCUCUCUCAAAUGAAUCUUUCUCUCCAGUUGAUUUGGACUGGUGGUCUGAUGAGGCUCUUGUGGUGGUAAGAAACUCUGGAGCUGUUACUGUGUGUGAAAUAUCUAACCUUCAAAAUUUAUUGGGUGAGAGUCCUGAGUUUUUGGCUGGCUCCGCACAAGUGAGAAGAUUUCAUAAUGAGAAGGGGUUUCUUGCCCUUGAAUGUGAUGUAGAUGUCUUUUGCAAGAGCCGUCUCAAUGAUGAUGAAACGUUUGAGGAGGAGUCAGUAUCAGAGUUAAGUGAUGAAGAGGAAGAUAUUCCUACAACCCUUUUUCAACGAGUGAUAACUAUUGUCAAUUCAGUUGCAUAUUUGGUAACAGACCUGGAACGCUUUAGACCAAGACGUAGAAGACUGAGACUAUGCAGGCGCACCUAUAGACUGCUGGCACUUCGAAGCACUACACCUGAAGAACUUUACUCCAGAAAGCUGGACAAUGAAGAAUAUGGUGAAGCCCUUACCUUGGCUCAUACAUAUAAUCUGGAUUGUGACCUUGUGUACCAAAGACAAUGGCGAAACAAUAAGGUGUCUGUUGCAACUAUCCGAGAUUACCUGAGUAAGGUGUCCAACCAGACCUGGGUACUCAGGGAGUGUCUGGACAGAGUACCAGAAUCACUUCUUGCUGCUCGAGAAUUGGUGGAGUUUGGACUAAAAGCUACAAGCAAAGAGGCUUUCCGAAACUUAGGAAGUAAGCGCAAAGUCAAAGAUGUUGAUGAAAUGACUGACAAGCAAAAAGAGUUUCUUCUUUGUCGACACACACUGUUGCGAUACCAAGAUCGCCUUACCAUGUAUGAAAAAAUUCUUGGUGGCACUCAACUUGCAGAUGAAUUGUUCGAGCACACUGUGUAUGCUGUGUUUCGAGCCUCAUCAUCUUUACGUGCAUGUGUUCAGUUUGCAAGAGCAGCCAAUAGUCAAGCAGUUGAAUGUAUGCUUACCUAUGAAGGAAGUCAAACAUUACAUCAUUGGCUCCCCAUACUCUCUAAUUUUCCAGAGACUGUUUGCCCUACUGAGUACAAGUCUUUACUUCCUGAGCUGACACAUGACGGUGUUGUCUUCUCCUGGCAAGAAACGCAGCUCCGUGAACUUGAUUGGAGUGAAAAGGAUCCUUAUGGGUGUGUGAGGGGUUUGGAUCUUGACACUCCAGACAAAGACACUGAGUGGCUUUAUGAAUAUGAACCAGGCUUGUCUGCAUAUCGCAUUCCUGUUGAAGAUCUAACUCCCAAGCUGAUUCAGCAGUGGUAUCUGGAACGAAUCAGAAUGAUUGAGAGGUCAAGCAGAAUGGUGGACAAUGCUCUUGUUUUGCUUCGUUUAGCUCUAGAUAAUCAUAUUGAGGGUUUGGGUGACCUUCAUCAAGAAUUACAAAUCUUGGAUGCUCUUGUAUAUGAGCUAUUUCUGGAAGAUGUAAGUCUUGCAGACUUGGAAAAGAAAUCUCCUUUGGAAAAGUGCAAGCUUUUGAUGUCGAAAACAACUGAAAACUCAUUCCUUGAGGACAUGAGUAGACUGCUCUUCCCAUAUGUGGAGCGUGUUGAGAAAGAACAACCAGGAAUGAAAUAUCAUCUUCUCCAUGACUAUCUCAUAUCUGUAUCCAGUGAAAGCUUGACUCUGCCCCUCAAGUUUUUUGAAGGACAAGACGAAUUGUCAUGCGGACUGACACCUGAUGAAAUCUCCACCAUAGCAAUAGAUUGCAUUUAUUCUUAUGUGGAUACAGACCACCUGCACCUUGCUCAAGGCAUACUGGCAGCUAUCCCAGUUCAAAGGGUCCUUACUGUUUCUCAUACAGAGCAGUUAGAUGCUCUAGAGCUCGAGCUAGCAGCAAGCUUAAUCCUCCGCCGCAAUGGGACAGCUAAGUCCCUGGGCUAUAUAAGGGACAACAAGAGUGAUGCGCAGUUAGUCACACAACUUCUUACUCGACUCUCAAGAACAGUAGCCAAUAGAAAUCCACCUCCUUCAGAGGUUGUUUGGUCUACUUUGCUUGGUGAUAUUCUGGAUUUGCAGCGAUCAGUAUUUACUUGUGUCCCUCCAAGUACCUGUUAUGAAGUUUUCUGUUCAACAUUGUUAUCUUCUGGUAACAUGGCAUCUAUUAAAUUAUCUGGAAAUUACAUAAACCCCUCAGCACAAUCAAGAGGCGAUCUCCGCUCAGAGACAUACAUACCUGCAGAUAAAUGCACUGAGCUUGUGCUUUCGGCAGCUAGAGAGUACAUGGAUUCUGCAGGGUCUUUGACUGAUCCUGCCAUGGACUUUGCCAGGGCUUGUUUGCACCUUUUACCAUCUGAAGAUCCAGAAAUUCAGGAGGAACGCAAUCUCUUGUAUUCAUUCCAACUUCUCCAUGAGUUUGGAAUCAAAAUGCUACCCAUUCAAGUGCGUCUAUGUCCUGAUAGACUAAAGCUAAUUGAGGACUGCUUAAAGAAAAAAUCUGGAGCACAUCGCAAUCCAAGUAAAAUACUGCAGCUUGCUGCUUGCUUGAACAUUAACAACAACAACCCGAAGGAAAGGCAAGGGCGUGUUCUUGUGUUGGUAGCUGAAGCGGCAUUUCAUUCAAAGGAUUAUCGCAGCUGUGCUGACACAUGCAAGCGCCUAGUCGAUGCUUCUUACACUGACGGUUGGUCUAUAGCUAGUGAGGUAGCCAGCUGCUCAGAGUUUAAGGAUGUUGCAACUAGGAGCCAUCUUUUAUCCUUUGCAUUGCAAUAUUGCCCCACUGAAGUGCUACAAGAUUUGGUUAACAGGAGACGGUCUUUGGAAAUUGAGUCUUUGCAAGAGGGUAUGAAGAAUCAAAUUGCUAUGCAUAAUUCGAGUCUCUCUGUUCAUCUGGAAGGCCAAGUCGGACAGGCCCAAUCUGAGUCUUUUGGAAUGGACUUUUUACAAAACUUACCCUUUGGAGAGUCAAGUGUACAAGAAACAACUCAGCGCCUUUUAAGCAGUGUAGGAGACUCUCAAUUUUGGAAGAAGGCUCUUCGCAUUGGCUGGGAUGAUAGUGCUGAAGAUGAUGCAUUACAAUCCACUACAUCACCGGAACACUACACCUGCCAUGCAUUUUAUUCUUCACUAUAUGACGCAACCCCAUAUUCCACAAGUAGACUGGGUUGCCGCUAUGACUGUUUCUCAGCUCCGGAUAUUCCUCCUCAACUACAGUUUGAGCAAGCUCUUUUGCGGAUAGCUUUGUUUGAGCAAGAAUCGGGGUCAAACAAACUUGAUAUUACUAAAGUUUUGUCAGAGUGUGCCAUUUCUGUGCUACCUGAAGAUAACUGUCUUGGUCUUGGUUACCUUAUGUCUUUACCUGAAUCGUGUGCUAGAGAAGCAAGCCGACAGGUAUUUGAAGCCAACAUAUCAUCAGUUACUUUGCAAUUGGCACAGUACUAUGCUGCUCUACGCUGGUACCGCAAUGCUGUCAAUGGUGAUCGGGAAAAAAUGCACAAUGUGCUGCUCUACGACCCUCGUGAGGUGAUUUCACUUGCUGCUCAAGAUAAAAAUAAAGAUGAUAUAUGGCAACCAGAGCUGCUAAGGUGGAGAGCACAACUUGCUGAUUAUGUCCAGGCUCAAGAUCUUUUAACUUUGGAUUGUGGUGUUGAUGUGAGCAGAUUUGCAUCUGAUGAGCAGUAUCGUCAUGAUUCUAUUUUGGGCCUAGCUAUGCAUGAAGACAGUGAGAGAUUACGGUUCGCCUUGGCACUUGCAGCUAGACAUGGUGUCGAUCGUGGUCAAGUUGUUGCUGAACAUAUUGCCAACCUUCUUUUGAGUGAACUAUCUGAUUCUGAAGUAAAGCAGCGUCUGUCAGGAACUGAGUUUGAAAACAUUCUAGAGGAGGCAUCAGAUGCAAUCAAAGAAAAGUUGGAGACACAUGUGUUCUCAAACAUCGAUGGAACACAGCUUUGUCUUCUUGAGUUGUAUUAUACAAUUCUAAGCAAAGUAGCCCCUUCCCAUAGGAGUGCUAGACUACUUCCCAAAGACCAUUUGAAACUAUUGUCUAAGGUGAAAGCUACUACUGCUGUCAUUGAUUAUAAGCUACUCAUAUCGGGUCCAAAGAACACUAUUAAAGCUGUUGAGUCUUCACUUACUGUUGAGAACAUUCCUCUGGUUGCUAAACUUUUAAAAGCCAUGCCCGCUGCCUUGGCAUCCCCUUUGUCAGCAAGUGUUCUUUACACAGUAUACCUCAAAUCUCAACUGAAGUCUAAGAAUGUUUCUGUUGAGAAACUGGUUCCAAUUCUUGCCAAUAUUAAGGCAGAGGAUAUAAUGCCAGUAAUAGAAAGUACCUUUUUGGAUAAAACUCCUUCAACAGCUUCCCUUCCCCUUGAACUGGCUGAGGAGCUGAUUGCUGCAACUCUGCUAAAUUGUGAUUUUGCGGGGAGUGAGCCUUGUAUGGAGCAACUGGCCCACUGGAAGGGCCACGUUCGCACCUCAAGGUGGCUCAUGGAGAACUGGCCUGAAGAAGAAUGCUGCAAGCAAUAUUUACACACAAAUGGAGAAAAGGAAGACCUGAUCAGUCUUCUCAGAGACACUUUCCUGAAUGACCAAAAGUCUGCAAGGUUUCUUCUUGACCUGUUGAAAGUUACAUCCUCAGCAUGCAGUUUAUCAGAGGAAAUGUUGAUGUUAGACGUUUUCAAGAAUCAUGUGGAUGCUUUUCAGAAUAGUCAAGGAGACAGUUUUGCUGGGUUGAAUGCAGCUCUUCUGCGACUAGAACAACUUGCUCAAUUGGGCAAACUGCAAGGAAAUAUUGAUGAAUGGGAUGAGAUUUUACGUCCAUUGGCAACUAAUGAACAGCUUCCCCCUGAUCAGAAAUUAAAAGUCUUUAAUAUAAUUCAGCAAAAUAAAUCUGAGAAAGUUCAAGAGCCAUCCCUUCUCUUUUUCCAUACUCAAGCAAUUCUUGCAUCAUCAUGGCCUCAGAUUCCAGUAUUAAAUGGAGAUAUUGAAGAUGAAGACAGAAGAUGUAGCCUUCUCAUUCAGCUUAUUCAGAAUACAAACUCAUGGCAGCAGAGGCAAUCAUUGCAGAGACUUUUGGAUCUAUGGCCACCAUUUUCUGACAGUUGUGAAAGUGUAUCUGUGCUGUAUAGCCAGUUGCUGAUGAAUUGUGUGCUGUGUGAGAGUGGACAAUGGACUGAUCAGAAAGCAUCAUUCAUCAUUGACAUAAGUAGUAGAUAUCUGAUGUCGUAUGAUCAUCUCGACAAAUUUUUAUCGGAGGUUCAGAGUAAAACUGAGCAAGCAUCUAAUGAUGGUGAUGAAACUGAAGAUGAUGAUACAGAACCUCAGGUUGACGUCCAGCUAUUGAUCCUUAUCUGCUUACUAAGUAAUGAUUCAAAGGCACAUCGUAAAGCUGUUUCUCUUGCGCAGCAGUGGCUAACGGUACCUUUUCAUGACAAAGUGGCAGAAGUUGCCCUUUCCCGCAAUUUGACUGUAGAUCUGCUGUCAACUCCAGCUUACUCUGAUCUCCUCUCUAGUGUCAUAGCUUCUCAGCCCUCCUCAGUUGAAAGCAUUGUUAAGACAUUGUUGAAUAGGAGGCACAUACCAGAGGCUGGAGCAGUUAUCUUGCGAUCGAUUCAUUCUGUUCCCUCUUUUAUGCGCACAUUUUCGUCCUCCUUAAUGAUGGGUCUAAAGCAGACAGCACCUAGCGUUGUGGCAAAUAUUAAACCUGUUGACAAGGUCAUCGAGCACAAAGUUUCGAAAGCUGAAGCUGAGUCCUCAGUCCUCACAUCACCAGAGACACGGGCAUGCACUGACACCGACUGGGAUGCCGGGGACAAUGACUGGAGUGAUGUGGAGGAAAAUGAGACAGAGCAGAAGGAUGUGGGAGGAAUAGUUGACGAACCCACCAGAAGGGAAAUUCGUAGUGCCAAGGAAAAACGAGUUCAGGAGCAACAAGAUGCAAAGGUCAAGGCUAAUGAGUGGAGUAAUCAAGAUGGUUGGGGUGGCUGGUCUGAUGAAGAGUUAGAAAGGAUAGAUGCAGAAAAAGAAAAUUGUGAAGGUUUCAAUGAUAAAGAUGUUAUGAAAAGGCAAAAACAUAUAAGUCCUCCUCUCCUCCCUUCUCCUCAAAGUGCAUUUGCUAGGGUUCCCCCUCGAGACCAAGCUACAUCGAGUGCACCUUUAGAGACAUCUUUAGAUAAACAGUCGGAAGAUGAACUGCCCCCUGCUGCCUUGCCAAAUGCUGCUUCUGAUUGGGAUGAUGAGGACUGGGGUGCUGGCUGGGACAAUUGAGAGAAGUAUUUAUGGUUUUAUGGUUAUUAGGGCUACUUUUUAGAAAGUGAAAUGUAUCUCUUUGUGCACAAUACUUGUUGAUUUUCGACUGUUGUUCCUUUAUUAGAAGCUUCCAUGAGCAUAAGCUCUAACAGACUGUGAUGCCUUUGUUUAUAAUUAAGAGAGAUUUUUAUAUUAACGGUAGAAUUUUACUACUCUUUUAGUAUGCUUUGAGAGAAGAUUUAAAUUAUGUCAAUAAAUAAGAAUAUAUCAGCAA